GUCGUCGUUGCAGCGGCAGGGCGGGUCGUUGUGGUGACUGGUGCGACAAUGGGAGUGGUGGGGGUCAAGGCAGCAGCGGUAGUUGUGGUCAAUGCCCCAGCGCCUCCGGCGACUGGUGAACUGGUGAUCAAGGCGCUGGAAGGAGAAGGCGAGCGUAAAUUCAAAUUCAGCGUUGCGACUUCAGUCGAAGGUGUCGUCACAGAUGUUGAGCGGCACCUGCCUGGUCGACAUCGUCCAACACGUGCGAACAUGGGCUGCUGUGGCGAGCACGAAGGUGUGGAUCGGACACGUAGAAGUGUCGAACCAUUGACACGUCGUGCUUGCGGGGCUAGCAUCACCAAAAUGCUGUCCUUCUGAGACAGCCUGCCUGAUGUGACCGACAGGUGGGGGCGUGUCGGACCAUCGAUCUUUUGCUGCCAUGACACUCACUCGCUCGUAUAUUGCCCGUCUACUUCGACAGCAGUGUAUUGAUAUACCCUAUUGGGGAGAGAAGACGAUGCACCAGUCAGCCUCCUUGUGGCGCUCAAGUAGACGCGACGACUCCUCGCUGCUGUCCUCAGCGCAAGCAGCAAGGAUGUCUGUCCAGCUGCUGUACCUCCCUCACGAUACUUGAGAAUCCACCCAGCGACUUUCAACCCAUCGUCUCAUUGAGCAACCU